UGUGUAUUCGAAGCCCACCUUUUCUGUCCGUCACGUGACCAGAUCCCUGCUGCACCCGGGGGGAGAAGGACGCCGGUGUCGUUAAAGCCAUGAGCCGCUGACCUGGAACUAAGCCACGCAACGGCGGCGUGCUGACGUGCGCUGCUCUUCGUCUUUUGAGUGUCUUUGUCGUCAUGGCCGUGAGAGCCGCCGCGGAGGGUUUGACGUGGCGCCGCUUCAGUUGUUUACGCCUGCAAAGUGUCAUGGCGGAGGUCGGCCGGCGAGAGUGCGGCCAAGUGGCGAGCCAACAAGACGCAGGCCCUGAGGGGUCAAAGUUCAGGCCGGCGCCCAGCUCCACACACGACUGGAUCGGCCCCCCCAACCCUCUGUCCAACCUGCGACCCGUGAUCUACCGCGUCCCCGAGAAUGAGUCCGAGCUGGAGGGACGCUUGAGGACUCUGAGGCAGGCCACCGAGGACUGGAACCACCGCUUCUGGACGACGCAGAAUCUCAGUUUCAGCAAGGACAAAGACGCUUUCAUCGCCUCCGAGCUGAAGGUCAAAGGCUUGUCUGAGCGAGAUGAGCAAGGACGGCGUCACGCUCUGAGCAGCGAAGAAAUGGCCGUGUUCUACAAACGCUUCUUGGACAUAAACAAGGAGCGACACGCUAACUAUAACAAGAUGCGUGAGGACAUGUCCACCAUGGUGUGCGUGAAGGCGGAGGAGGACCCUGGCGAGAAACUGUCCCAGGAUGAGAUCAUCUCCCGGACCAAGCAGGUGAUUCAGGGCCUGGACGCCCUGAAGCAGGAGCACCAUUCCAUCCUGGAGGGCCUUCUGGGAACCCUCCGCUGCCUCAAGCAGGACGAGGAGAGCGUGCUGGUGGAGGAAAAGUCGCACAUGAUCCGAAAGUCCCUGGAGAUGCUGGACCUCGGACUUGGUGAGGCACAGGUGAUGAUGGCUCUGUCGAACCACCUGAGCUCGGUGGAAUCGGAGAAGCAGAAGCUGCGGGCUCAGGUUCGCCGCCUGUGCCAGGAGAACCAGUGGCUGAGGGACGAGCUGGCCGGGACGCAGCAGAAACUGCAGAAAAGCGAGCAGAGCGUGGCCCAGCUGGAGGAGGAGAAGAAGCACCUGGAGUUCAUGAACCAGCUGAAGAAGUACGACGAGGACUUGUCCCCUACUGAAGAGAAGAGUUCAGAAUCCAGCAAAGAGACUCUGGAUGAUCUCUUCCCAGAUGACCAUGAUGACCAAGGUCCAGGCAUGCAGACAGCUCACGGCAGCGCAGCCGCGGCCGCCGCCCAGCAGGGGGGCUACGAGAUCCCGGCCCGCCUGAGGACCCUCCACAACCUGGUCAUCCAGUACGCCUCCCAAGGCAGGUACGAGGUGGCCGUGCCCCUCUGCAAACAGGCCCUGGAGGACCUGGAGAAGACCUCCGGACACGACCACCCGGACGUGGCCACCAUGCUGAACAUCCUGGCUCUUGUCUACAGAGAUCAGAACAAAUACAAGGAGGCCGCCAACCUGCUGAAUGACGCCCUGGCCAUCAGGGAGAAGACUUUGGGCCGGGACCACCCUGCUGUUGCCGCCACCCUCAAUAACCUGGCCGUGCUGUACGGGAAGAGAGGCAAGUAUAAGGAGGCGGAGCCUCUGUGCAAGCGAGCGCUGGAGAUCAGAGAGAAGGUGCUGGGAAAAGACCACCCGGACGUGGCCAAGCAGCUUAAUAACCUGGCCCUGCUGUGUCAGAACCAGGGCAAGUACGAGGAGGUUGAGUACUACUACAUGAGAGCACUGGAGAUCUAUCAGACCAAACUGGGGCCCGACGACCCCAAUGUGGCUAAAACCAAGAAUAACUUGGCCUCCUGCUACCUCAAGCAGGGCAAGUUCAAGCAGGCGGAGACUCUUUACAAAGAAAUCCUCACCCGGGCCCACGAGCGAGAGUUUGGCUCGGUUGACGGUGAGAACAAACCAAUUUGGAUGCACGCCGAGGAGAGAGAAGAACAAAGCAAGGGGAAGCAGAAAGACGGCGCGCCCUUCGGAGAGUACGGCGGCUGGUACAAAGCUUGUAAAGUUGACAGCCCCACGGUCACCACCACCCUGAAGAACCUGGGCGCGCUCUACAAGCGGCAGGGCAAGUUUGAGGCCGCCGAGACCCUGGAGGAAGCUGCCAUGCGUUCCAGGAAGCAGGGCCUGGACACGGCGCACAAGCAGCGCGUGGCCGACGUCCUCAGCGAGCCAGAGGCCCGCGAGAAGCAGCGCAGCCGAGAGAGCUUGACCUCGGACACGGUCAAGUACGAGAGCGGGCCUGACGGCGGCGAGGAAGUGAGUAUGAGCGUGGAGUGGAACGGGGACGGCUCGGGAGCGUUGAAAAGGAGCGGCUCCUUCAGCAAACUGCGAGCAUCCAUUCGCCGCAGCAGCGAGAAGCUCGUGCGCAAGCUGAAAGGCGGCGGCUCGUCUCGGGAAAGCGAGCCCAAAAACCCCGGCUUGAAGCGAGCCAGCUCACUGGGGGUUCUAAACGUGGCCGACGAGGCACUGGCUGACCACGACCAAGAGCCAAAUAAUGGUCUGAGAAAGAGUCGCGACCUGAGCGCCAGUCACACUGACCUGGCGCGUUGACGUCUGCUGACGUGACGGACGGACGGACGGAGACCCGCCCCCUGGUGGUUGUAAAUAUGAAUGUUUGCUUUGUGAGGACGUAAUCAGAACACCUGUGACGCUUGUUUAAAAGGUGGAUCCGUGUCAGUCAUGUGUGUUUUGGGGCUUUUACUUUGAAAAGUCCCUUUUGGUGUUUACAUGUUGCUGGGGAAUGUGAAGAUGUUGUGUUGCUCAAAGGCACACGUGGACGACGCUCUCAGGACUUUCACAUGUCGUAGUUUGACGCACUGACUCGCUAGUUUCGCUUGGCGUGAUGUACUAGUUCAAGAUUCUCCAUGGGGACGUGGGUGGAGCCUAUUCAAAACUGAAGACUGCACGCCGGCUUUAAAAGGUCCCAUCUUUGCAUGGACUGCAACCAAAAAUGGAUUUCCUCUCAUGACUCCAAUUUUAUUCAUACAUAAAUACAUAUAUAUAUAUGUG